UUGGCCCAUCAAAAGACGCAACGUUUUUGUUCAUGUUUGGAAAGCCGAUACCCAAAGUAACGAACAAACAUUGCGUCGGCGUAGACGGCCUGGGCACUGACCCUCAGGUUUCGAUCCCUGCCCCAAGCAAGUCUAUACCAUCUCUCCGGUACUGUUCAUUCUCUCAGACUCGGUAUAUUAACUCUUAAGUCUUACAUUUCCUUAUAUCUACUAGGUGAUCUGCUAAAUCAAGGCCUAGGAUUUCAAAAAACCUAGAACUUGUUUCUGUUGAGAGCUCUAAAUCUUGAGAUUCACUUGAUUGGAAUCCUGAUCUCGGGAUUGUGAGUUUUGGGAGUGGGAAUUGUAUUUUUCUAUUUUUUGGGUUAUCAAUUUUGUUGCUUGGAAUUUUUGGAGUUGGAUUUCUGUUAAUUGGAUUUGUUGAACUGGAAUUACCGAUCUUGAGAUUCAUUUUCUUGGGAAUUGGGAUUGUGAAUUUUGGUGUUGGGAAGUUUUGGGAUUCAGUUUUGGCGAUUUUGGUCGACUCAAUUUGUUGUUUUGAAGUUCAUAUUUGAUAAUGGAUGGUAAUAAGGAUGAAGCGUUGAGAUGUGUUCGCAUUGCUGAAGAAGCAAUUGCCUCCGGUAAUAAAGAGCGUGCCUUGAAAUUUAUUAAAAUUGCCCAACGCCUAGACCAAAAUUUGCAAGCAGAUGAACUUGUGGCUGCAUGUGAGAAACUCGAUUCGAAGUCUUCUGUUUCUUCAAUCAACGGAGAAUUUGUCAGUGGGAGUAAGAAUGAACCUGGUCCAGCAAAGUCUGGUGGUGGAUUAAAUGGCGAGCGUAAUUGCACUGAAGAACAUGUCCAAUUGGUCAGGCAGAUUAAGAGGAAUAAGGAUUAUUAUGACAUUCUUGGAGUUGAAAAGAAUUGUUCAGUUGAGGAGAUAAGGAGGGCAUAUAGAAAAUUGUCGCUGAAAGUUCAUCCUGAUAAGAAUAAGGCUCCAGGUUCAGAAGAGGCAUUUAAGAAAGUAAGCAAGGCCUUCAAGUGUUUAAGUGAUGAUGAUUCCAGGAGACAGUAUGAUCAAACAGGUUUGGUGGAGGAAUUUGAGCACAACCAACAGUACAAUGUUAGGCGGAGGAGGAGAACAGGGCAUGACUUAUUUGAUGAUGAUAUUGAUGCUGAUGAGAUAUUCAGGGCGUUUUUUGGUCAAGGAGACAUGUUUCGAGCAAGCCGUGUUUAUAGGACCAGAGGGAUGGACAAUCAUCAUCAGAGGGAGGAUCUUCAUAGAGGACCUAGUUUUAUAAUCCUUCUUCAAUUAUUACCGUUUCUGAUAAUUUUCUUGCUGGCUUAUCUGCCCUUCUCUGAGCCCGACUAUUCUUUGCAUAAGAAUCACUCCUACCAAAUUCCUAAGAUGACUGAGAAUUAUGGAGUGGAGUUUUAUGUUAAAUCAUCGGCGUUUGAGAAGAAUUAUCCUUUUGGAAGUCAGGCUCGAGCCAACGUCGAGGAAAGUGUGAUCAAGGAUUACAAAAAUAUGCUUUGGCGCUACUGUCACAUAGAGCUCCAGAGGCGUCAAUGGAAUAAGAAUCUGCCAACUCCUCACUGCGACAAGCUACAUAACUUAGGAUUAUCAUGAAGGUAUGAGAUCAGAAACACCGAUUGAAAUUGCAAUUUCUCUUUCUCAGCUAGUCAGGGUAUAUGCCUAGAAUAUGAGAGAGCUUCUAUAAUAGUAUGAUGAAUAAUGGCUGGUGGAUGAGGUUAAUUUUGGAGUUGAGUUCAACGGACGUGACUGAGAUUUCCCUCUUCAUUUCAAGACAGACUGUCGAUGGCCUAGUGUGCAUGGUGGUCUGUGAUUGAUGGGAUCUUCAACAUCCUUUUAAGCCUGCAGUGAAACUCUGCUUUUUGGGUAGUAUGAUGCGGUUGUAUAAUGUGGGAAUUGCAGAUUCUUAGUAGCUUGGGAACGGAUCUAAAGAAUGAUGAAAGUUGAAAAUUUGUUUUAAUGUUGGCAAGUUUCUUCUUGUAUUUCCCAGCCCCUCAUGGUAUCAAAUAUUUUUUGUUGGAGAGUAA